AUAUCAACAAGUGAUUUUACGACGAACAGAUAAAAGUAAAGUAUUUCAUUUAGGUGAUGCAAAUGAUUAUCAAAGACAAGUGCUUGAAUAUAUGCAAGAAACAGAAGCAUAUGAAGAAAUUACAUCGGGUGUUUCACCAUUAUCAGCCAAUUUGCAACAAGUUACUGUAGUACUUAAUCAAUUGUACCAUGUUGAAAAACCCUUAAUAACUAAAAAGCAAUAUGAAGCAAUGUAUCCGAAAGAAAAUGAAACUGAAUUAGCUCAUCUCUAUUUUAUACCAAAACCACAUAAAAUAUAA